CGCAGACGCGCGGACCUUACCUGUUGGCUGGGGCCAGCGCCAACUGGCAGUCAGCGGGUACAUCUCAAGCAUUGCAGUCGCCUCUCUAGCCAACCAUCUCUUUCGAUACGGAUUCAAUCAUCGUCUUAAUCUUGGCCAAAUACAGAGCACUCCUUGGCCAAAAUACACUUCUUCUAUUGGCCACGCUACUGCUGUGCUUCGUGUGUGUUUAUUUUUUGGCCAUCACGUUGCGUGUUUGCCAUAGAUUGGCGUGAAAGUGGUUCAUUGCCCGGCGCUACAAUUGCCAAUUGAAUCAGAAAUAACUAAGGAUACUCGGUACCAACCACCUGUGCGAGAGUCAGGCACCAAUUAGCCACAGAUCACAGAGUCUGAGCCAUCAUUAAAAAAUGUUUCUCACAAAGAGUUCAAGUGCGAGGCACUCACUGUUGAUGCUGUUGCUGGCCUUCUGCUGCCUGAGCAGUGCUUUUAGCGCCAAGAUAACAAAAAAGGUCGAAAAACCCUCGCCGACUGGUGAAAAAGCAGAGACACCUGCAGUAGAGGAGGCAGCCCCAGCAGCCAACGAGGAGGAGGAAGCUGAUGAGGCGGAAACCGACGACGACGACGACAACGACGACGAGGAUGAUGAUGAGGAGGCAGACAAAGAGGCAGCAGUAACAACUAGUGGCAGCAAGAACCCCACUGCCGUACAGGCGGCCACAGACCCCACCGAUCUCAGUGUCUGGGGCAUGGUGCGCACACUCUGGAGCUGGCUGCGCAGCGAUCUGGGCGAAAGCCUGUUCGGCGAUGACGAUGAUGAGAAGAAGCCAUCAGCCGGCACUGAAACUUCAGCUGUGGAGGGUCGUACAUUUGGCAAGAUCCGCCGCCUGCAAAUGGCACUGAUACCCAUCAUCUUCAAGUUUGGUGUGCUCUCGGCCAUGGUUGCCUUCCUGGUGGCCAUUGGCAUGAAGUCCCUGUUCCUGCUUAAGGUUCUGGUUCUGAUGAAUGCCGUGGCCAUUUUGGGAAAGUUUAUAACGCUGAAAUCGACCCUCUUUGGACAGUAUGAGCACACGGCGCCUACAUUCAACUAUCCCGGCUGGAAUCCACAUGCCAAGGAGUCAUGGGGCAGCACUGGCUUGAGUGGACCCGGUGGACCAAAUGGACAUCCGCCUAGCAAGGAGAUCCAUCUGCACAUCCAUGGAAAUGCCCAGACCCAAGCACAGCUGGCCGGACAGAGCUACAACUAUGAGACACAGGGUGGCUGGGCCAGUCGCUCGGAUCCCUAUGGCGGCUAUGCCCCGACGGGACAGUUCGUAGAGAGCCAGCAGCCCGCUGUGGCCCAGCAGGCUGCUGAUGCGAUGCCAAAGGAUACAGAUCCCAUGGCCCUGCUGCCGACCAAGUAUCGGGCGAGACAUCUGAUCCUUUGAGAGCUGCGCUGCCCCCUUGGGAUCAAUCGACGACCACCGCUAAGAACGCACACACACACCUACACACACACACACACUUUUAGUCAGCGGACUUUACGAGAGGACGCAGCUUUACGUACACCUAAAACUAGU